AUGACGGGAGAUGUAAGGACAGAUCCUUCGUCGUCGUCGAUUAUCGUGUACGGGACGAAGUUUAAUGGCAGCGGGUCCGGCGACGGUGACGGCGUAAUCCAGCGCGAAAAGAUCAGGCCAUACACGAGAAAACUCUUUAACAGCAUCAUGGUCACCAUUGACGAGCUCGAGCUGGUCGUGAAGGUCUGCAAUUCCGCCGUGAAUCACCGCUGCGACGUCCGGCACGACUCUCCGGGCCUAUUUUUCUCGACGGGAGGGUACACCGGGAACCUCUUCCACGAAUUCGCCGACAGCAUAGUCCCCCUGUACAUGACUUCACGGCGUUAUAACGGCAAGGUCGUGUUCGUAAUCCUCGAGUACCACCACUGGUGGUUCACGUUCUAUGACGAAAUCCUGGCCCACUUGUCGGAUUAUGACGUCAUCGAUUUCCGGCGAGAUAACCGCACCCAUUGCUUCCCCGGCGCCGUCGUGGGCCUGAGGGCCCACGACGACCUACAAAUUGACCCCGCCUGGACGGACGACAACACCACUAUCCGAGAUUUCCGGGAUUUCCUGGACCGAGCCUACGCGCCACGAAUUAAGGAAAUAUUGAGUCAGGAACCAAAACAUUUUGAGCCGGAAAAAGAAUCCAAGAAACCCAAACUGGUAAUAAUGGCGAGGAACGAUUCAAGAAAGAUACUAAACCAAGGCGAUCUGAUCAAAAUGGCCCAAGAAAUCGGGUUUCGCGUCUCGGUUCUAAAGCCCAACAGGCCGACCGGGCUGGCGAGAAUGUACAAGAUUCUAAAUUCCACCGACGCCUUGGUCGGCGUUCACGGCGCCGCCCUGACGCAUUUCUUGUUUCUCCGGCCAGGCUCCGCCUUCAUCCAAAUCGUCCCCAUCGGAAUAGACUGGGCGGCGGAGACCUACUUCGAGCAGCCGGCGAUUAAGAUGGGGAUGAAAUACAUCGGAUACUACAUCUUCGCGAAUGAGAGCACUUUGAUCGAUGAAUACGAUGAAAAAGAUCCGGUUUUUACUGACACUCUCAGUGUGAAUAGGAAAGGGUGGAAUUAUACCCAGCAGAUAUACCUUGACCCUCAGAAUGUGAGGCUGAAUCUUUGGAGAUUCCGGGCGCCAUUGACGCGUGCUUAUUACUAUGCUGUUCGUAAGUUAAAUGGGUCGUCGAAAGUAGAUUCGUGA